UGGCAAGUUAACAUGAAUGGGAACUUAGUCUCAGAGCGGUGCCAUGCAGAGCCUAUUUUCUGUCAUUUCCCGGAAAUGUGAGAAUGAGUCUCCUCGCCGACUGGAUGCCUCUAGCCCCACUCACGGGCAGGGAAAUAUUUAGCAAAGGAGUCAGUGUGAAAGAAGAGCUUAACUAUGGUGUCACUGAAGAGACAUGUAUAGAAAUAAAGGAGGAACCACUUGAUUAUGUAGAUAAGAAGAGUGAUAAUGUGAGUGACACAAAAGUAAAAAAUGAAUGCUUUUUCAUUCAUAAUCUUCAUGAUCUAAGAAAUGAAGCAAAUGCAAAAGACUUGUGUAACUUGAUUCAGGAUCGUAAUGGUAUGUCAAGAGCACCAUUUGUAACUGAGAACUAUGGGAAGAAGUGUCCAUCAGAUAGGGAUCGGACUAUGCAAAAGGAAAGUCUGAAGGAGGACACACAAAAAGUGAAAGCCACAUUGAAUCGUUUUGCCUGUGAGGUGUGUGGCAAGAAAUUUUCAGGAAAGAGCCAUAUAAACAUUCACAUGAGAGUCCACACUCAGGAGAAGCCAUAUAGCUGUGAUAUUUGCAAUAAGGCCUUCCCAUCAAAAAGUGAUCUAGUAAAGCAUAUCAGAGUACAUACAAAGGAGAAGCCAUACAGGUGUGAGAUUUGCAGCAAGGAUUUCUCAUAUAGCACAAGUCUAGUCAAUCACAUGAGAGUACACACACAGGAGAAGCCAUACAGCUGUGAGAUUUGUAAUAAGGCCUUUUCACAUAAAACUAAUAUUGUGAGCCAUAUGAAAGUGCAUACAAAAGAGAAACCAUACACGUGUGAUAUUUGCAAUAAGGCCUUCCCCUCCAAGAGUGAUUUGGUAAAGCAUAUCAGAGUACAUACAAAGGAGAAGCCAUACACGUGUGAUAUUUGUAGCAAGGAUUUCCCAUAUAGCACUAGUCUAAGGAUCCAUAUGAGAGUACAUACAAAGGAGAAACCAUACAGCUGUGAGAUUUGCAGUAAGGCCUUUUCACAUAAAACUAAUCUAGUGAGCCACAUGAGAGUACAUACAAAGGAGAAGCCAUACAGUUGUGAGAUUUGUAACAAGGCCUUCUCACAUAAACAUAGUCUAGUGAACCAUAUAAGAGUACAUACAAAGGAGAAGCCAUACAGCUGUGAGAUUUGCAAUAAGGCCUUUUCACAAGAAAUUUGUCUAGUGAUCCAUAUGAGAGUACAUACACAGGAGAAACCAUACAGCUGUGAGAUUUGCAAUAAGGCCUUUUUACAGAAAUCAAAUUUGGUGAGGCACAUUAGAGUACAUACGAAGGAGAAGCCAUACAGUUGCGAGAUUUGCAAUAAGGCCUUCUCUGAGAAAAGCAGUCUAGUAAGGCACAUGAAAGUACAUACAAAGGAGAAGCCGUACAUUUGUGAGAUUUGCAAUAAGGCCUUUUUAAAGAAAUCAAAUCUGGUGAGGCACAUGAGAAUGCAUACAUAAGAGCCAUACAGCUGUGAGAUUUGCAUCAUUACCUAGUGCAGCACAUGAGAAUACAUAGAAAAGAGAAGCCAAAUAUCUGUGAGCUUUGCAAUAACAAGUUUAUUAAGCCUUAUGAGAGUACAUACAAAGAAAAAUUCAUACAGAUAAGAAAUUUGCAAAAUAACAUCCUCAUGGAAUAAUCACCUGGUGCAACAUGUGGGAGAAGCCACAUCUCUGUGAAGUUUGAAACAAAGGUUUGUCCCAGAGGGAGAACUUUGUGCUAUAUAUGA